AUGGCCGCCGAAAGACCCGACAAGAAGGAGAAGAAGGAGAAGAAGCGGAGCGAGGAGGCCGGGGUGUCCAAGCCCAAGAAGGAGAAGAAGGACAAGAAGGACAGGAAGGACAAGAAGGAGAAGCUGGCCGCUGCUCUGGACGAGAAGCUGCAGCAGGACGUUGCUGCCCAGGCCUCCCAGCCAGCUGACCACGGGGCUGGUUCCGACAUGGAGGCAGAGACGGCCGCUCCUGUGCCGCUGGAGAGGGCCGUGGUGCCUUUUGCUCUGCCCCUAGCGGACGAGAAGGGCCUGAAGAAGGUGUACAAGACGAUCAAGAAAGCUGCCAAGAACGGCACCCUCAAGCGCGGCGUCAAGGAGGUCGUCAAGACGCUCCGAAAGUCGCCCGCCUGCGGCCCCGGCAACAAGUCCUUCCCCGGCGUGGUGGUCAUCGCCGGCGACAUCUCCCCGAUGGACGUCAUCUCGCACAUCCCCGUGCUGUGCGAAGACCACAACGUGCCCUUCAUCUUUGUCAACUCGCGAGCCGAGCUGGGCGCCGCCGCCAAAACCAAGCGCCCCACCAGCGUGGUCAUGAUCAUGGAGAAGCAGGACAUCAAGAAGAAGGCUGCUGCCAAGGAUGCCGACAAGGAGGACGACGGCGAGGAGUCGUACGGCGAUGCGUACGCCUCGUUGGUCAAGCUGGUGCAGAAGGAGUACUCCAAGCAGGCCUUCUGGACCAAGGGGGAGUCCACGGCAUAG